AUGGGUGAAGAAGUGAAAGCAGUGGUUCCGGAAUCGCUCUUGAAGAAGCAGGUGAGGAAAGAGCAAUGGGCUCUUGCAAAGAAGCAAGAGCUCGAAGCUGCAAAGAAAAAGAAUGCUGAAAACCGGAAGUUGAUCUACAACCGAGCUAAGCAGUACUCAAAAGAGUAUGAGGAGCAGGAAAAGGAGUUGAUUCAGUUAAAGCGCGAGGCGAGAUUGAAGGGAGGCUUCUAUGUUAACCCUGAGGCAAAACUCUUGUUCAUUAUUAGAAUCCGCGGGAUCAAUGCAAUGCACCCAAAGACCAAGAAGAUUUUGCAGCUUCUGCGAUUAAGACAGAUCUUUAAUGGUGUGUUUUUGAAAGUAAACAAGGCAACAAUGAACAUGCUGCAUAGGGUUGAGCCUUAUGUGACAUUUGGGUAUCCCAACCUGAAAAGUGUCCGAGAAUUGAUUUACAAGAGGGGUUAUGGGAAACUAAACAAGCAGAGAACUGCAUUGACUGACAACUCUAUUGUUGAAAUGGCCCUGGGUCAGUUUGGGAUUAUUUGCGUGGAAGAUCUGGUACAUGAGAUUAUGACUGUCGGACCCCACUUUAAGGAGGCGAACAACUUCUUGUGGCCAUUCCAAUUGAAGGCACCACUGGGUGGUCUGAAAAAGAAGAGGAAUCACUAUGUUGAAGGAGGCGAUGCCGGAAACCGUGAAGAUUACAUUAACGAGCUCAUCAGGAGGAUGAACUAG